AAACUAAAUGUAUUGUUUUGAAUACUAUAUGAUACCUCACAUUAUCUAAUUCUUCCAUAUCCCAUGGGACUGUAACUACUGCAUCAAUUUUCUAAGGCUAAUCGUGACCUCCAGUCGAUAGGUGUCAGUAUAACGGAAGAAAAACCCGGACGUUUUGUCUAGAAAUGCGCGCAUCCGAAGAAGCGGCGAGUUUUUUUUUCUUUCUUUCUUUCUUAUAUCGUUUUAGUGGGGCUGCUUGUAACCUGGUCGUGCCAAACGCCGGCUAGUUUACACAAUCUUUAAUUUCCUCAUAAAAUAACAACCUACUAGCUGUCUGCGGUGGAUAUACCCGAAUACUGAUACAGCGGCAUUUUGAUUUUCAUGUGAAAGAAGGGUGCUCGAGAGGGCUCCAAAUCAACAAUGAGCACAUCCAUGCCUAGCAUGAUCAUGGAGAGAGGAUCGCGGAACCCGCAAAAUGUCCUGAAUGAUGGCUUAGGCAGAGACUUGAUGAAUGCGGGCCGGUUUUGUUUCAGCUGUGAGCAGAUAUUUGCAAAUCGGCGAUGCCUGGAGGAACACGUAUGUUCUGCUGCAAGUCACAUAUGCUCCUGUGGAACUGAGUUUAGUGAAUACAAAGACAUGCUGGAGCACAGCACCACACAUGAACCAGGCCACCAAGUGCUUGAUCAUGAAACAAUAAGGAAGCGUAGAAUUGAGAAGCGCAUAGAAGAGGAAGAGAAGCUGAAAAGAUUACAGACAGGUGAAGUUGUCUGGCAGCCACCAAAACUGAACCAUGUGCCAUCAAUUUCUUUGUCAGUGAAGCCUAUGCUACAAGUGCCCAUUACAUCAGAUCGUAUGUUACAAGUGCCCAUUACAUCAGUAUGUUACAAGUGCCCAUUACAUCAGCUCGCAUGUCACAAGUUCAGGUGCCGCCUGCCCAAAUUUCACAAGUGCCUAAGUUGUACCCCUCUAUGUCACAAGCAUCUUUUUUCCCAAAUCCUGUCAGCUCUACAACAGACAUGCAGAAUAUUUUUGCAGGUGUAGGUGCACCAACAGUGGAUCUUUGGACGCUUUACCAGCCAGUAGUGUUGUUGCGCACGGUGCGCAAGUAUAACAGGAAAAAGCCGUAUUCUUGUGGUAAAUGUGGGCAGUGUUUUUUGACAAAGACUAAUCUAAUUUCGCAUCACAGCUCUCAUGUCACUGAUAAAGUUUCUGGCUGUGUAGGAUGUGGUCUGCUGCUCUCCAGCAAGAAGGUAGUUCCUCGCUUCCAUGUUUGUAACUCACCCAAUACUACUACCAAAUUCAGACUUGUUACUGCGAGACCCCCAAGUUACAAGAGAGUAAAUGUAGCUGUUACAGAUACAAGCCUGAGUGCUCAGGGGCCUCAGGCCACUUCCUCUCUACUUUUGAAAAGCCAGAAUCUCAGUGCAGUUAGUAAAGACAGACAGACACCUCAUGUCACUUCCACCCUGCCAUUGACAAAUGAGAAUAUCAGAACGUAUAGUAAGAGCAAUCACAGGCUUCAUGCCACUCAAUCCCUGCAAUCUGAGAGUCCAAAGCCUAAUGCAUCAAAGUCUAUCAAUGUCUCCCUUCCCUCAAAGAGUCAAAAUCCCAGUGCAUCAAGUAAAAGCAAUCAGAGGCUUCCUGACACCCCCUCCUUACAAUUGAAUACACCCACAAACUGUGCUUCAUCCUCUAGACCAGAUUGGUUCACAUGUCGAGUCUGUCAUCUUCCUUUUGAAACUGCUCAGCUGCUUCAGAGGCACAAGUGUAUCAAAGCCAAGGAGUUUAUGGCACAGCAUGGGCUAGGCAGACAGCAAUACAAACUAAAGAGGGUGACACAAGUGGCGAGCCCAAUUUCUGCUCAUAUGAAUGGUGUGAGAAAAGUUGGGAUCCCAGCUCCUGGUAACAUAAGGAAAAGCCAAGUCAUGGCUAUCAGUCUGGACAAAGGGCAAGGUGCAGUUCCUAUGAACAGGAAAGCAGAAACGGAUAGGGACGAUGACUGUUACAUUGUUGAAGGUGGACCAGAUAAACCUGCUGAAAUGAUUUAUCAAGUUACUUCAUCUGUUCCUAUUAAAACUUGACAAAACUAGAGAGCCACAUCAAAUUUGCAUGUCACAUUUUAUGUUAAGGACCAAGUGCAUAAAUAUGGCCAUCUCCUGGUUGAGUGAGAUGUACUUGUUUUGGAUGAACUUGGUGCCCCUGCAAUGGUUACAGAAAUUGUGAAUCUAUAAUGUUCAAUUGCAAAAUGUAUGUGCAUGGUUUUCCUGUUUGGUGAGAGAACCAGAUACUGUAUUAUAGAAUUUUUUUUAAUGCUUUAGUAUGAUCCAAAUAUGUUGUGAGGCUGUGGGAAUUUAGCACAAAACCUAUGUUCUCAGCUUUGUCACACCACACAAAUACUGCAUAUGUUGUAUUAAACUAUAUUUUCAAACUUGCUGUGUGUGUAUUACUGAGGUAAUGCAGCAUCUUUUGUUACCAAGAUUAUUCACAUGAUAAAUCUAAUGUAAAGUGCUUUUAAGCUAAGAGCAGUACAGCUACAUUUCAAAGGAUAUGUAAUACUUAAAUAAUUAAGUGCAGU